AGUGAUUGGUCAUGAUUCGGAGGAUCGAAAGCGUGUGUCUCCCUGUGAAGAUGCUGGGUGCUAUUCUCAAACCAUAAUUACAAUCAGGCAUCACUAGAUCAACUUAAGGCUUUGACAGAAAUCUCAAAGUCCUGUGAACAAUAUAUCAGUUUGGAGUGUCGCCAUAUCCGCUUCCUUAAGGAACACUGGGGUUGGUGGGUGUCUCGCGAUGGACAAAAAAUAAACUCCUGGGGUGGAGCUUCAACUAACAGUGGAAAAUGUGCAUGUGGAGAAAAUGAUACCUGUGCUCUAGGUCUUUCCACAUGCAAUUGUGAUGCAAACGAUGCUGUUUGGAGACAAGAUGAAGGAUAUUUGAUGGACAAAACUGUUCUCCCUGUGCAGGAAGUGAGGUUUGGAGAUACAAGAGAUUUACCCAUUGAGAUGGCAUUUCACAGAAUUGGCCAACUUCGUUGUUCUGGACAGAGUUCCAUUGUGCCGGUACUGGAGUCGUGUGCGGCCCUGAAGGAGGCAGGGUUCCAAGAGUCACGGUAUUAUGUCAUUGAUCCAGAUGGAGUUGGAGCAGGAGUUCAACAGUUUGAAGUCUUCUGUGACAUGACAUCUCAUCCAUCAACUGCUAUAACUGUGGUAGGCCACGACAGCGAAAAACGCAUACGAGUUGCUCCCUGUGAGAGACCGGGCUGUUACAGCAGAAAGAUAAAAUAUGAUGCAGAACUGAUCCAGCUGAAUGCCCUGGCGCAUGUUUCUGAAUCCUGUGAACAAUAUGUCAAGCUGGACUGUCGCCAUAUUCGCUUCAUACAAGCUGGCUGGGGCUGGUGGACAUCCUGGGAUGGAAGGAAAAUGUUCUACUGGGGAGGUGCAACUUCCAAUAGUGGACACUGUGCUUGUGGAAUGACAGAUUCUUGUUCUGCCCCGGGAAUUCUCUGCAAUUGUGACAGCAAUGAUCACAUCUGGAGAACAGAUGAAGGGAUCCUGCGAGAUAAAUUAUCACUGCCCAUACAAGCCGUAUACUUUGGUGACACCAAGGAUGCACCAUUAGAGAUGGCCUUUCAUACCAUAGGAAAACUCAUGUGUAAAGGAAAAGAUGGGACACAGAACUACCAAUCAUUAUGAUGACACUGGCACUCAUCAACCAAAAGGGGCAACCAACAACAGCCACCUUAACCUACCAACACACAUCUUUGGAGGAGAGGGGAAGUUGGAGCACCCGGAGGAAACCUAUACGUUAAAGGCAGAAUGGGCAAUGGAAAUCAG